AGCGGUAAAUGAAAUAGUUUUCACCAGAGGUCGUUACUAUGCCAAAAGAUAAUGACAUCAUUGAUGAUUGUUUCGUUCAUUCAACAUAUUCAGUAACACGUCAAGUCUACAGUGUGGACAAGUUUUCAGAACAGUAUCCUCGAUCUGAAGAUGUACGAAAACAAUUUUCUAUCUUCAGAAUACUGAAAAGUUUUACACUUUUAAAACUUUUCAGUAUAUUUUCAUUCAUCUUCCCAUUCUACUCGGUUUUGUCUUCAUUUUACACCUUUCAGUCGUUCUUAUCAGAUAUAGUUGCUGGUCUGACAAUGUCUAUAGUUCAUAUACCACAAGGGAUGGCGUAUGGACUUUUGGCUGGUGUCAAACCUGUAAAUGGGUUGUAUACUUCAUUUUUCCCUGCCCUAGUUUACUUCUUCUUUGGUACUUCGCGUCACGUAUCAAUAGGUACCUUUUCAGUAGUUUCACUGUUAACAGCUGAUCCUGUUGAUAAACUUAUAUCAAGAUUGGAUGUGGAUAAUCGUUCUUUAGAAAAAUAUCAAGUUUUCAAUGAAAGUCAACUAGAUGAUUUCCGUCUUAGGGUAGUCGUAACUGUUUGUAUUUUAGCUGGUUUGUUACAGCUUAUUUUAGGCACACUUCGUUUGGGCGUAUUGGUUGUAUAUAUGUCAGAACCAUUGUUAAGUGGUUUUACAUGUGCAUCCGCUGUGCAUGUAUUUGCUAGCCAAUUAAAUGGACUAUUCGGCAUACGUUUAAAUCGUGCAACAGGACCAGGUCGUAUUUUCUAUAUAAUUAUCAACUUCGUACAGAUUAUCAACAAAACUAAUUUUAUAACAUUAUUCAUUUCUGCUGUGUGUAUUGUAAUUAUAUGGGUAUUUAAACAUUUUAUCAAUCCUAAAGUUAUGGCUAAAAUACGCUUUGCAAUACCGAUUGAAUUGAUUAUACUUGUAAUCGGUACUGUUGUAUCACAGUUCUGUUUAUUAAAUGAGAAAUAUGGUGUCACCAUUGUUGGUGAAAUCCCAGUUGGUUUACCAACUCCAAUCUUACCUGAUGUUCAAUUAAUACCUGAAGUAAUAAUGGAAUCAGUGAUUGUAUCAUUUGUUGCUUUCGCUACAACAAUUUCACUAGUUAAAUUAUAUGCUACAAAACAUGGUUAUGAUGUUGGUUAUACUCAGGAAUUGAAUGCUUUAGGAUUAUCCAAUAUAAUAUCUGGAUUUUUUCGCUGUCAACCAUCAUCUGGGGCUUUAGCUAGAACAUCUGUUGCUUAUGGUGUUGGAAUGUGUUCACAGGUUGCUUCUUUGGUAUCCUGCUGUAUUCUGUUACUUGUUCUUACUGUAGUUGGACAAUUUCUAAAAGCUGUACCAAUGUGUGUUUUGUCCUCUAUUAUUGUCGUAUCCCUUGAAAGUAUAUUUCUACAAAUUACUGAUCUACCAAAAUUAUAUCGUGCCUCUAUUUAUGACAUGCUCAUAUGGCUUGUAACAUUUCUGGCCACAACUUUUAUUGAUGUUCCAAUAGGUCUAGUGAUUGGCUUAUGCUUUUCACUAUUAACAGUAUUGUAUCGUACUCAAUCAUCUUAUUAUUAUGAGCUUGGUCAAAUUCCUAAUACUAAUAUUUAUGUGGACGUUAAAAAAUAUGAUGAAGCUAUAAAAUUGCCUAACAUUAUUAUUUUAAAAUAUGGUGGACCAUUGUAUUAUGCUAAUGCUGAAUUUUUUCAAAAUUGGUUAAAUAAAAUGACAGAAAUUUAUCCACAUAAAAUGAAAAAACAUCAUGAAUCUAAACAACAACAACAACAACAACAUCAUAAUGAAGAAAAUAAUAAUCAGUAUCCAUUGAAGAAGAGUAAACAUUUUUCUGCACUAGAUAAAUUAUGCAACCGGUUAAAAUGUAAACGGAAAACAUCUGAAUCAAUUUUAAAUACUUCAAGAAUAUCAUGUAAUACUCAUCUCGAUAAACUAAAUGAUGCCUGCAAUCAACUGAAGUUUAUUAUCUUAGAUAUAUCUUCUUGGACAUAUUUAGAUGUGGUUGGUAUGCAUAUUGUUACUGAUGUGGUAAAAAGCUAUCGGGAAUUAGGUAUUCGUAUUCUAUUCACUGUAUGUGAACCACAAAUAAAAUCAAUGCUGACAAGUGGUAGUAUAACAUUAUCACAAAUUGAACACAAUUCAUUUAUAAGUAUACACGAUGCUGUUGUUUACUGUCAAAAUAUACUUUCCGAUAGUAAUUCAUGUGAAAACAUUAUGACUGCUACAAAUUCAAAUAUAUUUAAAGACAAUAGUAUUAUGAAUGGAUACAAUGGAUACAAUUUAUCAGAUAAUAAGAAUAUACUUGCUGUAUCUUAUCCUGAUCCUGCUAUUGUUGAAGAUAAACAGACAGAUAUUAUAUUGACAACCCAAUUAUAAUCUAAUUAUUAUCUUUCUGACUGUGUAUAUCAGAAAUUAAUAUAGAACUCUUGCUUUGGAAUAUGAAGAAAAAAUAUUCAGAGAAAUGGCUAUCGCACCUUAGUGGCCUAAUGGAUAACGACUUGGAGUUUGAAGCAAUCGGUACGAAGUUCGAGUCUCAGUGGGUGCAGGUAUACCCAGCCAACUAGUUCCAAAUCGAACGAAACACGAGUCCUGGCUUCCUUCGCUAGCCACAGUCAAGUAAAUUACCACUAGCGCUUUAUCGCAGUCCACUUUUAUUUUUAUUUGCUUUGUAUACUGCUGCAAACAUGGGAGGCAGUUGACACUUCUUUGCUACAUAAAAGCGUGGAAUGUUGGUUCCCCUUCAGACAAUUCAAAAAGAAGGGUUAAUGUAUGACCAUAGAGUCCAAGGGAAAUUUGCUAGACGUCAGAUACACCUAACCUUUUAGAAGUUUGAGGUUUCAGCUUGCUUUCCUCGAAUAUGACCAAGAACUCAUAUCGCCAUCUCCGAUAUGCCGUGAAAUAGAGAGGAUUAUGCUAUUUG